AUGAGUUUUUAUGAAAAAACAGGAACAAAAGCUGAAGUUCAGGAUCAUCGCAGGAAAUGGGAUAUUACAGAGUAUCAUAUUAAAGCUCAGGAACGUUUAGCUAAAGAAAAAGAGGAAAUAGCAAAAAAAAAUGGACUUUUGAAGCCAGAAAAAACUAGUGGUAAAAAGGAGUUACUUAAAAUGAGGGAAGAAAAAAUAGAUUUAACAUCUAAGAUAGGUAAAUCUACAAAAGUAAACCCAGAUACAUGUAAUGAUGGAGUUGGUUUUUACUGUGAAAUAUGUGACGUUACUGUAAAAGAUUCAAUAUCAUAUCUUACACAUUGUAAUGGUAAAUCUCAUCAAAAGAAUCUUGGAAUUACUAUGAAAGUUAAAAAGAGUUCGGUAAAUGAUGUUAAAGCAAGGAUAGCUAUGAAAGCUGCUGAGAAAAAAGAACUUAAAAGGAAAAAGGAUAGUCCUACUGAUUAUGAUUUAAUUGAUGAAGAUGUUGAUGAUAAAAAUAUGAAGAAAAAGAAAGUUAAAGAUGAAGAUAUUAAAGAAGAAUUAGAAGAUGAAGAAAUGAUGAAAGUAAUGGGAUUUGGGAAAUUUUCUUCAACUAGCAAAAAAUAA